GUGUAUAAGCAUCGUGACAGAUGUCAUCUGUCAAAAAGAUGUUUUGGACGUGGGAUUAAGUUGGACCGUUAUCUAUGAUAACAAAAAUCGUUAUUUUAAUUUGUUGUUUAUAAUGUUUUGAUGUUAUCUUUUUAUCUAAUAAAAUGUACAGUGCCGUGAGAUCUUCAAAACAAAACCACAACGAAAAUCAAAAUUUUACCAGGCAAGGAUCACUAAGGAAAGUUAUUAAUGAAGACAAUAGUAAAAGUAAUUUAUUCGGCAGGCAAAAUGAGGAUCUUAACACUGUUUACCAGAUGUAUAGACAGGAAUAUGUUAUUUUAGCCGAAUUUAAAAUGGUACAAACAGAGAACAUAAAUGGAGUUUAUGUGAUUCCGUCCAGGGAAAGUUCCCUUUUGUGGUUUGGAGUUAUUUAUGUAAGAAAUGGGCCUUAUGAAGACGGUGUUUUUCGCUUUAAUGUAAUUUUAGACGAAGAUUUCCCAGAUAGUGAACAUCCAAAAGUUGUAUUUCAAUCAAAACUAUUUCAUCCUGUGAUAAAUCCAGAAACAAAUGAGUUAAAUCUAUCAAAUGCCUUCCCAACUUGGAGCAAAAAUGAUCAACAUAUAUGGCAAGUUUUAAAAUUUGUCCAGUGGAUUUUUGAAAAUUGCGAUUCCUGCCAAACACAUACAAUAAAUUCUGAAGCAAUGGAUUUACUAAAAAAUAAUAAGGAAGCCUUUAUAAUUAAGGCUAAAGAAUUAGUAAAAUUAAGUCAGAAACAUUUAUACGAUGACCCCCCUACAGAAGAUAAACAUUACAUAACCUUUUCACAGUACGACCCACAAACACAUGAUAAACUACAAAAACAAAUGUUGAGCUACACAGGGGAGGAUAAAAAUACAAAAAAGGGUUUAUCGUGGGUUUUGCCGGGAAGUUUGAAGCCCCUUGGUCGCCCCCCUUCCCCACAUUCCGACAAUGAAUCAUGACAAAGACUAAAAUGUUUUUAUUUCGAAAUAUCCGACGUUUUUUUAUAGUAUUAAUUAUUGUUAAGUUUUAACGAACAAAUUUUAAUAAUUUUUUGAGACUUAAAGCAGUUUGCUUGUUGCCUUGCUAUUUUUUAUAAAUAUUUUAAAAUUGCACAAUAUUUUGGUAUGCCAGCUGAAAUUAUUAUAC